GUUAAUAGUUUUGACAAUUAUUGACAUUAAAAAAAAUGUAAACAGUAAACACGUUACCUAAAUAUGGUUUUAAAAAUUAAAUAUUCCAUCAAUUAAAUAUGAUAUAAUUAUUUUAUCAAUUAAGUAGCUAGUUUAAUUAACAAGUAUUUACUUGCUUGUAAAGUUACCUAACCAUUAGCUAAGUGCAUUGCAAACAUUUUAGUUUCUAGACACGACGUUAUCACUUGGCAGUCAUGAUUCACUCGAUUGGGUUGUUACUACUGACGGGAGUGUUCUGGGGGUGCACCAACCCAUUCAUCCGACAAGGGACCAAGGGUCUCCGAGAUGUGAGGGCCAAAUCGAGACUGGGCCAGGCUUGGGCUGAGGUGUCAUUCCUACUAGGUAACUGGAGGUACGUGUUGCCAUGGCUGAUCAACCAGGCCGGCUCACUGGUGUACCUAGCGGCUGUACAACGCGCUCCGCUCUCGAUCGCGGUACCGACUGCCAACAGCGCUGCGUUUGCGCUGACUGCGAUCACCGGCGCAGCUGUUGGCACUGAACAGCCUUUAGAUGCUGGUUCAAUUUUGGGAAUAACGUUGAUUGUGGCUGGAACCGCUUUGUGUUGCUGGGAUAAGACUGAGUGAUAGACGCAAAGAGAUUGCGAGAAUAAAAACAGGACAAGUGCGGCUUGGUCUUCCGCAUCGAGGCUUCACUAUAAUCUAUCUUUUUUUUAUUAUUAAAGUACAUAUUUACGGUUUCCA